GUAGAUCCAACGGGCAACCAACGCGAACUUCUAGGGUUUGACCAUCCGACGGCCCAAACCUCCCACCGCCAAAGCAUAAAACCAAAAACCCUAACCCCUUCUUCCUCCUUUUCCGUUUCUCUCCUGCUCCCUGCAAUUAACUGCCACGAAAUCCUCUCGUCGGCAGCAGGAGAAAACGCUAUAGAGGCGCCGCCAACACCUCGCCUCCCCCUUUUGAUUCGUUCACCGUUCGCCGAUAUUUCAGCUCAUUCCUUCCUUCUGCUGUGCCAUGCCUUCGAUUGCAAUGGUGAACCAGUCCGCUGACAAGAAGGAGAAGAGAAUGAAGAAAAUCGCUCUCGACGGCUUGGAAUCCGAGUCGGUGAAGAGUAAGAAGAAGAGCUCGAAGGUCUCUGAUCAGGAAGAGGACGGGUAUUCGGAGAAGAAGGAGAAGAAGAAGAAGGAGAAAAAGAAGAGGAAGGCUGCGGAGAUCGAGAGUGAUGAGGAGGAGAGGAGUGAGACGAGCUCGGAGCUGGGCGAGCCGGUGAAUUUGAAUUCGGAUAAGAAGAGUAAGAAGGCGAAGGUUUCCGGCGUCGGGGAGGAGGAAGAAGAGGACGGUGAGGUCGAGGAGAUGAAGCCGGAGGAUCCUAACGCCGUGACCAAUUUCCGCAUAUCGGAGCCGCUGAAGAUGAAGCUCAAGUCCAGGGGGAUCGAGGCGUUGUUCCCUAUUCAGGCGAGAACGUUUGAUGAUGUCUUCGAUGGUUGUGAUUUGGUCGGCAGGGCUCGUACUGGCCAGGGAAAGACGCUUGCUUUUAUAUUGCCCCUAUUGGAGUCUCUAGUUAACGGGCGUGCGAAAGCUUCCAGGAAGAUGGGGUAUGGCAGGCCACCGAGUGUUCUUGUCCUUCUACCUACGAGGGAGUUGGCCGUUCAGGUUUUUGAGGACUUUAAGGUCUAUGGCGAGGCAAUGGGUUUGACAUCUUGCUGUUUAUACGGUGGUUCUCCUUACAACCCCCAAGAAUCCAGUUUAAAAAGAGGGGUGGAUAUAGUGGUUGGAACACCUGGGCGCAUUAAGGAUCACAUUGAGCGGGGCAAUAUCAAUUUUAGCUCCUUGGUAUUCCGGGUCCUUGAUGAAGCUGAUGAAAUGCUUAGAAUGGGGUUUGUAGAGGAUGUGGAGCUUAUCCUAGGAAAAGUGGAAGAUGUCACUAAAGUCCAGACACUUCUGUUCAGUGCUACCCUGCCUGAAUGGGUUAAACAUAUUGCGUCGAAGUUCCUUAAACCGUCCAAGAAAACCAUAGAUCUUGUUGGUAAUGAGAAAAUGAAGGCUAGUACCAAUGUAAGACACAUCGUCCUUCCAUGUUCUGCAUCGGCUAUACCUCAGUUGAUCCCUGAUGUCAUCCGCUGUUACAGCAGUGGUGGCCGUACUAUCAUUUUCACUGAGAAGAAGGAUACUGCUAAUCAACUUGCGGGGUUAUUGCCAGGGGCUCGUCCUUUGCAUGGUGACAUACAACAAUCUCAACGAGAGGUGACUCUUUCUGGGUUUAAGUCUGGCAAGUUCAUGACACUUGUUGCAACCAAUGUGGCUGCAAGGGGAUUGGAUAUCAAUGAUGUUCAAUUGAUCAUCCAGUGUGAACCUCCACGCGAUGUUGAAGCUUAUAUUCAUCGAUCAGGACGUACAGGAAGAGCAGGCAAUUCUGGGGUAGCUGUGAUGCUCUUUGAUCCUAGAAGGGCCAACAUUUCCAAGAUACAGAGGGAAGCUGGUAUAAAAUUUGAACAUGUAGCUGCACCUCAAGCUGCUGAUAUUGCCCAAUCUGUGGGUCUACAGGCAGCUCAGACGAUAACCAAGGUUUCAGAUAGUGUGAUCCCUGCAUUUAAGGCUGCAGCUGAGGAACUAUUGAAUUCUUCUGGUAUGUCAGCUGUGGAUCUCCUUGCUAAAGCACUUGCAAAGGCUUCUGGUUAUACCGAGAUCAAGACUAGAUCACUUCUGAGUUCCAUGGAGAACCAUGUUACUCUUCUUCUUGAGGCCGGAAAACCAUUCUAUUCUCAAUCGUAUGCUUAUAGUACGCUGAAGAGAUUCUUGCCGGAGGCUAAGGUCGAGUCGGUGAAGGGGUUUUCACUCACACUUGAUGGGCAAGGUGCCGUCUUUGAUGUGGCAGCGGAGGAUGUUGACACUUUCCUUGCUGGGGCGGAAAAUGCAGCUAACGUGAGCUUGGAGGUGGUGAAGACAUUGCCUCCCCUACAAGAAAGAGACCAGUCCAGGCCAAGAUUUGGCGGUGGAGGUGGAGGUGGAGGCCGCGGGUAUGGUGGCCAGGGUGGUGGUGGGUUCAGAUUUGGUGGCAGAGGUGGUGGCGGCGGAGGCAGAGGAGGUGGCGGUCGGGGUGGUUCCGGCGGUGGGUGGAGAGGUUCUUCGAAAAAGUGGUGAGCUCGAGUUGAGUACAGCAUUGACCCGCUUGAGUUCGACAUGACAGGAGCAGGAGAUCGCGACCUUGAGUGCCGGGGGGAUUAAUGGCUGAUGAUGACAACGAAAGCUUUCGAACUUACUAUUUUCGGGCUUAAUUUAUUACUUUUACUUGUGCGUUCCUAGUCUUCAAAUGAGUUUGUAUCUGGCCGUCUGCUUUUUUCUUAUUAUUUUCUGGGGAUUUUUGAGCCUCUCCCCCAAUUUUUUGAGCUAUCAUUUGUUAAUGUAAGAUGACUAUUGAAGAAAUGAUAAUCCAACAAUGAAAAGUAUUGUUAUUUGCUUUUGUUUCUCUUUCAUGUAAGUAGGCAACUCUCAACUUGCUCCCAGAAGGCCAGUUCACAGAAUAGUUUUCACCAGUGUAAACUGAAUCAGCAUUUGGUGAGGAGUUCCAUGACUCUAUUUAGGCUUUUCUUUUGACUAUCAUCAGAAACCUGGUAAGCCUCCUACAUCAUAGACGUCGUUUCCAAUUUCCAUUGACACAAGGCGUGGGAUUUAAUGGCAGAGACGGAUUCAUCGAGUCCCACAAGGAAACCAGAUGGCCUGAAACUCUCUUCAUGUUAUUCGCAAAUCGCAACUAUGUUCGUGUACCAGUGGGCACUUAUGUACGCGUGGUAGCUGCCUCCAAGUUGGAUUUGAGUUUGUUCUUACAGAAUUCAAUGUAUAUUUUACCCUUUUUUUUUGGUUGUUGAAGGCUUGCCAUAUCAGAAAUCUAAAGAAGCCUCACUAACCCUAGUACCAAUAGUAUCGAUAUCCUCCAUGAAGAUCAAGUGAUGGAACACACAGGCCACAACUCUCAUCUUUAAUAGGGAUGGCAACAAAACCCGAACCCACGGGUACCCAACCCGGUCAACGCGGGUAAAAUCCGUGUUGACGGGUUUUGGGCCGGGUUUGGGUUUAAACCCGUUCACUAUUCACCGGGUUGGGUUGAGUUUGGGUUUAGGUAAACCCGACCCAUGGGUACCCGCUCACACCUAUAUAGUUAAUUUUCUCGGUAUAUUUAAUAUUCUAAACAAUAAUCUUAUUUAUGUUUGUGGAGACAUGUCUAAUUUUUUCUUUCAAAUUGUGUAGAAUGAAGUUGAUGUUAUCGA